GUCACCCGACGCCCACCAGUACACGUUACAAAUCACAAUCGAAUUUUGAUCGCCCGCAUUUAUUUUUAUCUAUUUUGUUGUGUUCAUUCAGUUAACUUUUCAGUGUAACCAAUAAGUCAUAACUACAUUACAUUUUAUUCGUGUUAACUGCUAUAAUCGAAAUCGUGUAUUUUGUACGUAAUUGUUGUUUACGAGACGUGUGGACGCUUGAACGCAUAUUGUUUUUCACACUGUGCACUGACAGUCGUCUCUCGUCUGACAAGAAGUCAUUCAUCUUUAGCUGAAGCUAGAGCCAAAUUACCAAAAGCUACUCGUAUGUCUGAUUUAUCUAGUACAGACGAUGAUGUUAGGAAAAGAAAAAAAAAUCUCUAAGUAUGUCUCCUGAUAUGUUCAAAACAACCAAAAAACACCAUUUAUCAAAUACAUGCCCACCACCAAAAAAAUAUUCUGAUUUUAUUCAAGAAGAUUAUAUUGCAGCAACAACUAGUUCGUUAGUCGACAAAAAAAGUAUUUUUGAUGAUAUACCUUCCGAUUCAUCAGUUGCAGAUGAUUCAGACACUGAUCCAUUGUGGAAAUUAAAUAAAAAUACAAGUAAUGAUCACGAUGAUAUUAAAUCUAUAAUUAGUCCUACUUUAUCUCCAAAAAAAUCGACACAAGUAUUAUGCUCUCCAAGUGCAAAGUGGACAGUGAGUAAUGAUGAUGAUGAUGAUGAUAAUAUAAUUUAUGAAAAACAUGAAAAUGGUGACUCUUUAAGAGUCAAAAGAGUAUUAUUUCAGGAAAACAGCGAACCAAAGAAAUCAAAAAUAUUUCAAAAAGGAUCAAAUACAUCUACAAAAAAUAGUUUUAACAUUGAGUCGUUUUAGUCACAUCAAGAUUAUGAGUAAUAUAUUUUCACAGCAGUCACCACUCAUAUGAAAUAUGAUAUCAAUAAUAUGAUGAAUGUUAUUAAUGUAAUUCAUACAAAUAUAGAGUCUUUAAUGGA